AGUGAAUGAUGGAUGGAUAUGACAUGACACCGAAAUUGCGGCGUGGAUUUAUGGAUACAAUUUUUCAUAAAAAUAUCUGUUGUAUUUUAAUAAAAUGUUUGAAUAAUAACGCUAGUUAAGGUCAUUAAUAAAAAACAAAAAAUAAAGUGAAAGUGAUAUCCUAAAUGUAGAGAUAAUGAUUGUUAAUUUAAAAGUUUAUAAUCAAAGUUUGUGCAUAUCAUUGUGCUUAGUGUGUUAUUACGGAAAAGUGUUUAGCGCAUUAUAGCACAGGUUGAGUUACUGGAAAUGGUGCUAUCAACAUACAUCGGUGUCGGUUAUAUGAAGAGUUCUAUUUAAUUGUGUAAUUUUAUUUAACUAUAAGAUAAUAAAAAUGUAUCCUACACCGACGCGGCACCCGGCUGGCGCAGUUCGGGGGCCUCAACCCUCGGCAGGUCCGAUAAAGUUAACGAUAGCGGAUACUUUAGAACGAAUAAAGGAAGAAUUUAAUUUUUUACAAGCACAAUAUCAUACGUUAAAAUUAGAAUGUGAGAAACUAGCUAGUGAAAAAACAGAAAUGCAACGGCAUUAUGUGAUGUAUUAUGAGAUGUCCUAUGGAUUGAAUGUUGAAAUGCACAAGCAGACGGAAAUAGCGAAGAGAUUAAGCGCAAUAAUUGGACAAGUGCUGCCGUUUCUUGCACAAGAACACCAACAGCAAGUCGCGUCCGCCGUGGAGAGAGCUAAGCAGGUCACUAUGUCUGAACUUAAUGCUAUUAUAGGGCAACAACAACAACAGGGAUUGCAGCAACUUCUUCAACAGAUCCACGCGUCGGCGGGGCUGCCGCACGGGGUGGGCGGCGCGGGGGCGCUGCUCGGCGCGGGCGGGCUGCUGUUCCCCGGCGCGGGGCCGCCGCCCGCGCCGCACUUGCCGCCGCCGGCGCAUAAGGUGGAGUUACCCCCACCGACGGAUAUAAAACCGCCGCUAUCAGGUGGACCGGCGCCUCCGCCCCUCCUGCCGGGCCAACCCCCGCCCCCCAGGGAGGAUGAUAGACUCGCUGCUUCUAGGGCUAUGAGCCAACAGCAGCGGCGCUCCGUAUCGCCGCUGGAGCGCGAGCAGAAGUACCGCGGCCGCUCGCCGGAGCCCGAGCCGCUCGACGCGAAGCGACGGAAGGAGGACAAGGUGGGAUAUGUCAGUGUGUCUAGUGAUAGUGAUGCUGAAAAAAGUGAUCAAGAUUUAGUUGUAGAUGUUGCUAAUGAGGAAGAAAGAGGGUCUCCAAGUGUACGCACAGAGGGAGAGAGAACAGAGAAUGGUCCAAGACCUCCGUCACGAUCAGGGUCCUCUUCAAGUCGAUCUACUCCCAAGAGCUCUAAAGAUGAAAAACCCGGCACACCGGGAGCGAAAGGACGGGCUCCGACGCCGACGGGUCGCUACGCGUUCCCGCCCUACGCCGCGUACCGCACCCCCCUCCCCUUCGACGGGCAUCGAACCAAUGGCAUGCCUCCUGCUAAGCCAGCGUACUCGUACCACACGUGCGGCGGGCCGCUGCAGCCGGUGCCGUUCCCGGCGGACGCGCUGGCCGGCCCGGGCAUCCCGCGCGGCGCGCGGCAGGUGGCGGCGCUGCCGCACGGCGAGGUGGUGUGCGCCGUGGCGCUGUCGCUGGGCGCCGCCGCGCGCCACGCCUACACGGGCGGCAAGGGCUGCGUCAAGCUGUGGGACAUCACCAACCCGGCCGCGCCGGCCACGCUCGAGCCGCUCUCGCAGCUCGACUGCUUGCAACGGGACAACUACAUCCGCUCGGUGAAGCUGCUGCCGGACGGGCGCACGCUGCUGGUGGGCGGCGAGGCGUCCAACCUCUCCAUCUGGGACCUGUCGGCGCCGACGCCGCGCAUGCGCGCCGAGCUCACCUCCUCCGCGCCCGCGUGCUACGCGCUCGCCAUCAGCCCCGACUCUAAGGUUUGCUUCAGUUGUUGUUCAGACGGCAACAUAGCUGUAUGGGAUCUACAUAAUCAAACAUUAGUUAGGCAAUUUCAAGGUCACACGGACGGCGCGUCGUGCAUCGACAUCAGCCCGGACGGCAGCCGGCUGUGGACGGGCGGGCUGGACAACACGGUGCGCUCGUGGGACCUGCGCGAGGGCCGCCAGCUGCACCAGCACGACUUCUCCAGCCAGAUAUUCUCGCUGGGCUACUGUCCCACCGGAUCCUGGCUAGCCGUGGGCAUGGAGAACUCGCACGUGGAAGUGUUACACGCGGGCAAGCCGGACCGCUACCAGCUGGCGCUGCACGAGUCGUGCGUGCUGUCGCUGCGGUUCGCGGCGUCCGGCAAGUGGUUCGUGUCCACGGGGAAGGACAACCUGCUCAACGCGUGGCGGACACCCUACGGGGCUAGUAUAUUUCAGUCUAAAGAAUCUUCGUCGGUGCUCAGUUGCGAUGUAUCUUCAGACGAUAAGUUCAUAGUGACGGGUUCAGGGGACAAAAAAGCGACAGUUUAUGAAGUGUUGUAUUGAAAUGGUGACGUGAAACAUAAUAGCAUUAGUGAAAACAGUGAAGUGAUAGUGGAAAGUGAUGUUUUCGUGAACUGAUAAUCUCAAUAGGCAAUAAUUGAUUUGCGGUGCAGUAAAUCAUUUGAAGGUGAGAUAGAAUAGUGUCACUUUUUUAUGUUUUUCUUGGUGGGAAAAGAUAAUUGAAACUUUCUUACUGUCCAAGGCCUAGCUAUGAUACGCACAAUGUUCUAUGCACGGUGAUUUUGUAUUAUUUUAUAGCAUUUACUAUGCUUGAACAACAAAGGAGUUUGUUUUGUAUGAAAGUACUUAGUUUUGGCAUUUUUAUCUAAAUUUUAAUGCAAAGAAGUUGGAUAGCAUAUCUUAUAUUAUUUAAAUAUUGAAACAAUACUAAAAUGGAAUAUAAGGGUAAUAUUAAAGGAUUGUCAACAAGUUUUUAUGACAUAAAAAAGUUUAUGACACGCA